AUGCAGAGCCUCACGUUCCUCCGAUCCCGCCUGCACAAGCAGCUGCCCGACGCCACCCCCUUGGCGCCGCGGCGCAGUAGAGUGAGCGAAGGCAUGGUGAAGUUCUCGGCGCGCGUGCAGGCGUUCGGGGAGCGGGGCGAGGGGGCAUCGCAUGGGACUCACUUCUCGUGCAGGUGUGCUCUGGCUCCGUUUGUAUGUGUGGAAUCCGUGCUGCUCGACUGGAUGGCUGAGCCGCGUGUGGGCGUGCUCAUGGACCUGAAAUGCAUCCGCUGUCGCUUGCCCGCCAUUCUUACCACUUCACCUUGUGUUGGGGAUUCCCCUGCUGCGUCUCUUUCUGUUGCAUCUACUGCUGUUGCCAUCCCUUAUGCUGCUGCAGCGUGGUCCCGCUGCUGGCGCUGCAGCAGCUGCUGGGCGGCCUACCGCCACGCUCUCAUCUUUGUUGCCUUCCUCGUGCUUGUGGCGAGGUGGCCGCGCAUUGACACCAUGUGGAAGGCUGACGUGGAUAUAUACGACGCGGUCUACCUGGCUCGAGCAAGCCAGCAGGGGACGGGCUGGCAGCAGGAGAAUGACCGUGUUACUUCCGUGCUGGUGCUGGUGCUGGGGGUGAAGGAGCGUGCUGACCUGCAGGAAGGGUUUGGGUUCUUCGUGCAGCACGUGCUGUCAGGCGGGCUUGAGAAGGCGCAUGCAGAGAGGGGGACGAGGGGAGGUGGGGAGCAGGCUGCUGAGAAAGCGCGAGGGGAGGGAAAGGGAGGAAGCGGGAAGGGCAUGUAUGUGAGUGACGUGGAUGCGAGUGACUUGGCCGUGGCAGUGGCGUCAGUGUUCUCACGGGCAGAGCACCGCAAGCUGGGCGCCAUGUUCUUCGGGGGGUCUACGCGUGCCAGCAGCACCCUGCAGGAUGCAGCCAUUGAGGCGGCCAGGGAGAAACUGAGGAAGCGAGGGCUGGCGACAGGGGUGAAGGAGGGAGGGGCAGUAUCUCGAGCCAGCACUUCUCCUGGCAGCAGCGCUUCUGUCGCCAGCAGUGCGCUGCGUGACGCUGGCAGCGGAGCGUUGGACUGGGGCCGUGAGCCGGUCAACACAGACCCCACUAUUGGCCUCCUCACCUACCGGGUUGCCCGCAUCUUGCAGUGGCUUCGGAUCUACGGCUCAGAUUUUAUCUCAGCCAAGAUGUGCUUCAAAGAAAACUCACAAGGUAAGGUCCUGCCCAUGCGCCACCCGCUUCGGGAACUUCCAAGCCUGCUGCUCCGGCUCGGCACUGUUCUCCCCCCUUUGGAUGGAAGCAGCCCCCAUGCAGAAUGGGAGGAGUGGCCUGAGGGGGACGAAGCUGCUGUGAUAUUUCCCGACGACUCCAAUGCCAGAUGUUUUGGGCUGGGCAAGGUGGAUGGCAUGCAGGGUAGCAGGAACGGUGGGUGUGUGACAACUCAGUAUGGAAGCGUCCAACAGUCUCCCACGAGACAAGUGUCGUCAGCGCGAAGCAGGGAGUGCCGUCCAAUCGUGCGUUGCAGGGCAGAUGCGGACUUGCUGGUGGAGUUCAGCAGUUUGUUGUUGGAGGCACCCGCAUGCGCCCACUGCAGCCGCUGCAUCCGCACCUACAUCUCAUACGUCCCCUUCGUCACCUUCAUCGCCAACUUCGCCUAUCGCCCCGCCACUGUCCUCCUCGACUGCUUUCUCUCCAUCUUCCAGCCCCACUCGCAGCAGUUUGAAAACCUUCUCGCCUGCGUGGGCCUGGAAGAUCCGCCUGACGGCCCUUGUGGCAAUCGGAGAAGUAGCAGCAGCAGCGUGCAGGCGCUACGGGAACGGGCAGAGCAGAAAGCAGGGGGAAGGAAGGCAGGCAGUGGAGCCUGUGGGAAGGGCAAGGAGGGCGGGGAGGGUGAAGGGGAUUGCGGGGUUGUGUUGGAGGAGUUGCAAUCCUGGUCCAUGGUGGCAACACUGCCCGUUGCUGGUGUCGGGGGUGGCGGGGUGGCGUGCAGUGGCAGUGAGGCGGAGGAGCGUGGUGCGAGUGCAUGCAAGGACGCAAUGGCGGAGAUCUAUGAGCGCUCUCUGCUUCACGGGGAUGGGAUUCCCACUGCAUGUGGCAGCAGCAGCAGCAGCAUCCAUAGCAAUCAGAAGAGCAAGAAGGGGGAGGAGGCGGCCUAUAUGAGGGCAUGGCCGUGGGGAGUGAAUCUGGUGGCAUGUCUGCGAGAGAUGCUGCUGGGGGAGCCGUGUUACCGCCCUGCCUCCCGUGCUGCUCCAACCACCACUGCUGCUGCUUGUGGGGGGCAUGUGUGCGCUGUUGUGGGGAGCGGGAAGAUUGAGGGUGGUGGUGUGAAGCCGAAGAACUGUUCUGCAUGUGGCAAGGUGGCGUAUUGCAGCAGAGAGUGCCAAAAGGCGCACCGGCCCUCCCACAAGCUCACAUGCUCCGGCAGGACCAGCACCAAGAAGAGUGGGACAACCAGUGGCAAGGCGGGUGACAAGGUGAGUGGCACGGUGAGUGGCACAGUGAGAGACAGGGUGAGUGGCAUGGUGAGAGGCACGGUGAGUGGCACGGUGAGAGGCACGGUGAGUGGCAUUGUGAGUGGCAUUGUUAGUGGCAUUGUGAGUGGCAAGGUGAGUGGCAAGGUGAGUGGCACGGUGAGUGGCACGGUGAGAGGCACGGUGAGUGGCACGGUGAGUGGCACGGUAAGUGGCACGUGGCAGGAUGGGGAUGAAGGCGACAGAGAGAGUGGAAGAAAGGGUGGUGAGAGGGUGGUGAGAAGGUGGUGA